AUGUUGAAGUCAGAGAGAACAAGCGGGGUCUGCGGCGUGUUUUGUGCUAUGUGUUAUUGUCGUUCGUGCUCUAAAGAGUGUCGCGCUAAGGCGCUAUGCUCGACCCGGUUACUACGGAUACUGGAACCUCAACCAGCUGCAUUCGAAAAAUACCGUCAAUUUUUCGAACAGAAAAAAGAGCGAGUGUCGAUGUGGCGAUGGUUGAGGUAUGAUAAGGGAAGGAUACUAAGGAUACUGAACUACGGUUGGCACCCCGGUGCUCUAUUAAGUCGGCGGCGACGGCCGCUCUGUGACCUCGCGCCCUCCCGGGUUGUAACGCCACGAAUGCAAGAGGCCAACGCCCUUUUAAUGAAAUGUCGAGCCCUCGUAAGCAAUGCCACGAACGCCAAGGGUCGCACGCUACGUAAAUGGAACGCAGCAUAA